CACUCAGUCACACAUAAGAUUUCUAGUGGUCAUUUCCAUUCUUUAGGUGUUCCCACUUUUUGGUUGUUGCCACUGUGAUGGUAAGCAAAAGGGAUCAGAUAACUUCAUGGACAAUAUCCCCAUAAAGGUCUAAUAAAACAAGUCAGCAGAUCUUCCGUCUUGCAUGCCUGAUGCAACCAUUGUGGGUGCUUGGAAGCAGAGGGGAAUUGCAGCCCUGCCCUCCCCAGACAGUUUUUCCAGUUCCCAGUGUUGGAGGCAAACAGGGCUGGGUCGCCCGUUGCCUGGAUCGCCCUGCAGGGCAUUUCGUAGGCUCUUCUGAGAGUACCAAGAGAGGGACACGGUGCUUUGUUGUAUUUUGAAAUACUGACUCAGUUUUACUGUUCUCUGAAAACUACUUAUGUGUUUUUGAUUCUCAUUGUGGAUAACAGCUUCACAGUUCACAUUGCAUUGAUACAACUCUGUUGAAUGCAUUUCCCCUACUGGCUUCCAGAUGAGGGUUUAACUGAAGGAAAAUCCCUCCAGCUAGAUGUUGCCUUAUGGCAGUACACACUGCUGGGGGAAUUUCAGUGAAGAUGGGGUUUAGUUUUUUGGGUUUUUUUUUAUAUCAAGGUAGCUUACUACCAGUACACAGAGAACUGAUACGACUAGCAGAAAGGUAUUUUGUGAAUAUCUAAAGGCUGCCAUUCAAGACAUGUAUGUAGAUGCUAUGCCUAUGCCUACUUUGGUAACUAGGAAACCUAGGAGAGAGUCAUGUCCUAUUUCUCCUGAUUUGAAACCUGAGCUGCUCUUACUCUGUAAGCUUGGCUGUGCAACAAUGAAGAUACUACUAGUUUAGCAAGGAGAUGCUAGGGUGGCAAAACACAAAAGAACCUCAGCAUGUCUGUAAUUCAGCGAGGGAUGGCAACACUUCGUAAAGCAAAGAAGAUCACUGUAAAAACAUGUCUAGAUAACCCCUUUGUUUUUCAGUGGAAAACCAUAGAUGGAGAAGAUAUGCAUUUUAUACUGCAGACUUUAGAAGAAAGGAUUAAGCAUAUUGGACUUAAAAAGAUUGAGACUCCAAGAAAGAAAAAACGUUCCCUUACAAAAAAACAAAUGGAAAGAAAGUGUGAUGCUAGCACCAAUGAACUCCCUAAAGAGGAGGAAACAGAAGGCCAUCUACAAAAACCAGGAUGGACUGACAUAAGUGUCAGAAGACAGCUUGCUAUUGGAGUUAACGAAGUUACAAAAGCAUUGGAAAAAAAUGAACUACUUCUCUUGCUGGUGUGCAAGUCUGCAAAACCUGCCAUGAUCACAUCGCACCUUAUUCAGCUGAGUGCAAGUCGAGCCACACCAGCAGGCCAGGUUCCCCGUCUCAGUGAAACAGUUGCACCACUUCUUGGCUUAACAUCCAUUUUAGCACUAGGCUUUAAAAAGCAGUCUGAUAAAUUUACUGACGCAAUAGAAGCAAUAAUUCCAAAGAUACCAGCUUUGGAAGUGCCGUGGUUUCAGUACAAAACUGAAGAAUCGGUGGCGUAUGCACAUACAGAUUCUUCAGAAAAUCAGGAACCCGAGCAGCUUGCAGAGGCGCUGGGGGAUGAGCUCACAAGCCAGAAACGGAAGCGUACAGAAAGCAAUCAGCUCGAUCUUUCAAAUGUAAUUUUGCAGCCUUUGAAAAUCAAGAAACUUGUUCCAAAUCCAAAUAAGAUAAAGAAACCACCCCGCAAAAAGAAAAAACUUUUUCAGCAUAACUGAUUUUAGUUUAGUUCUUCAUAAUAAACUGAUUUUUUUAAUGCAGUAUGGAGUACAGCUCUAACUGAGCUAUUUGUUAGGCUUUAACAGUGUAAAGCACUUGAAUACAAGGUGAACUUUAUGUUGCAUUCAGUUGAGGUACUUUCUGCUUUAAUAAAGAAUAUUGCUCAAACUUG